AUGGCCAAAGACAUAGGCAUCCGUUGGAUUGCGCCCGAUCGCCCCGGCAUUGGCAAGAGCACUUUUCAGUCCGGCCGAUCCAUUCUCGGCUACGUGGACGACAUUCGCCAGCUGGUCCGUCACCUAGGCCUGCAGCAAUACUACAUUCUCGGAGUCAGCGGCGGCUCAGCGUACGCACUCGCGUGCGCCAAGACACUGCCCCGCGAACAGGUACGUGGUGUUGGCAUCGGCGCAGGCGUCGCUCCCUGGUCCGCCGGUCGGCGUGGCCAAACUCUCAAAAUCAUGUACCAAAUGUACAUGAUGAAGUACUGGCCUAGACACAUGCUGAAGACUACACGCGAUACCUAUGUCUCCUUGGCGCGCGAUCCGGACCCGGCGCCCAUGGCCAACCGCUUUCGCCAGGACCUGCUCCCAUAUAUGGAUGCUGCUCAAGCAGAUGCUUACAUGGAGACAGAUCCCAUGCAGAGCGCUGUGCGUGUCUUCAGACAAUACUACGCUCAGGGCAUUGAUGCGCACGUCGAGGAUAUGCGUGUACUGACACGGCCCUGGGGAUUUGACAUCGAAGACGUUGCCACCAAGGACCAAGGCGUUUUCGAGCACGGUAAGGCUCUGCGGUAG